AUGAGUGUUAUCUGCAAAUAUUGUAAUAAACUUUUUACGCUUCAGAGCAAUUUGAAUAGGCACUUGAAAAAUGUUCAUAACCGAACAGAGACUAACAUUAUUUGUUAUGAAUAUAAUAUACAUUCAAAUAAAUGUUUAGAAGGAUGCCAUGCAUCAUUUAUAAAUAUUAUGCAGUUAAGACAGCAUUUUACACAGGCACACAAAAUAGAUUUUGAGGAAAAAACUUUGAACUUCGGCAAUAUAGAAGGUGUGUAUAUUGUUUUUUUUAUCUUAUUUUCUUUUGUUAAUUCAUAUAUUUUGUUUUUAGAAUUCGAAAAUUGGCUUUUGGAAUUAACUAAAAUUAAUAAUGUGCGAUAUGUCAAACAAAAGACAAAAAAACUGAUGCAGUGGAUAUUACUUAUUCCUUUGAAUAAGUAA